AUGUUUCCUUUCAGCUACACCAUCGCGGGCACGCAGAGAUCCGCGCUCGAGGAGGCCUACAACCGAAAGAAGGAGUACCUCAACGCGCGUGUCACCUCUCUCUACGCAUCGACCAAUCCGGCGUCGCUCUGGAACGCGAUUGUGAAGUACCGCCUCGUGAUUGAGAACGAAGGUGGCGCAGCUGCGGACACGUACGAUGACCUGUUGUUGACGUACGAGGGUUACCGCAACAUGGUUUAUGACGUGCUCUUCCACAUCACACCCGACGAGGACGCAGCCGCGGACGCGCAGGUGCGGGAGUGGCGUCGUAGCGUCUACUUCCACCAUCCUUUUCUUUCGCCGGCCACGUUUCUGGCCUUUGCUCGCUCGUCGCACGGCGCCGUGCCAGCGGCUCCCUUGUACGCCUUCGCCGCUAAGCGGUUGCUGCUGUUUCGCAUCCGAGUCGAGCUUGAGCUGGAUGCCUCAGCACCGCCGCCAAUCUUUGUGGAUCGCGCGCAGCGUGCCAUCGGCGGUCGUCUCCCGUGCCCGCCAAGUGUGUCGUCGCCGCUAUCGAAUGGGCUAACGCAGGAGGACAUUGAAGUGUUCAUCUCCGACCUGGUCCCCAACCUGCGUCUCGUGCGGGACAUGCCGCCUUGGAUGCUGCCCUACUACCUGUGCCACGCCUCCCGCAAGUUCAUGUUCAUGUGCGACACACGUGGCGUAGGGGCGAUUCCCAUUGACGCUUUCAUGAAGAGUGAUGUGUUCUCUGAGCUGCUGCGCAUGUUCGAGAGCGACGCGCAGGACGCCAUCAUCGCAUACCCGACAGGCUGCGUCGUGGAAGUGCCGGCUAAGUUUGCCUCGCCUGCCGCGGACGCCGACGAUACCGUCGCGGCUCUUGUGCUGUCCUACGAGGGUGACGGCAACGCGCUGUCAGACGUCUAUCAGAUGCAGCUGCUGGAUGGCGAGGUGAAGAUUCAGGUAGCGCGGGAGCAGAUCUACUGGAGCACCGCCUCAAUGGACUACGUGCCGGCGGAGCUGCUCAGCAUGGACAAUUGGUUCUCCUUAGCACUGAUGAGCCGCAUCUACGAACACUUUACCGCCCUUGACGCCGACGGUGAUGGCGUCCUGACUCGCGAGGAAUUGUCGCACUACAGCAACGACAGCUUCACGCAGCUCUCAAUUCAGCGCGUAUUUGAGUGCCACGUGAAUCACAGCGGCAGCCGCCAUAUCAUGGACUACAAGACGUACUUGAACUUUGUGAUUGCCACAGAGCACGCCGCGACCCGGCCGGCGAUGCGGUACAUUUGGGCGCUGUUAGACCUUGACGGCACUAAAACGCACAUCAAGAUCGCGACGCUGCACUGCUUCUGCAAGGAGAUCGCGAACGAGCUGCUCGCCAACGGUCUUAUGGUGGACAUCUCGGCGCAGUCGAUACUGUCCGAAAUUGUAGACAUGAUCAAUCCCGCCUGGCAUGAAUGGGUGACGUUUGAGGACAUCGAGAGGUCCGGCCAGCAGGCCACCGUUCUCCCUGUUCUUCUGAGUUACCGCAACUUUUACGCCUACGAUUGCCGCGAGCAGACGGCGGCGUCCGCGAACGACGAAUACGCGGACAUUCCCGAAAAGUAA